GUGAUGGAGUUGCCGCCAAUGGAUCUGGUGACUAAGGUGCUCGAUUCCUCUGAUCUCACCGGUGAGAAGGCUGUGGUGGCCAAGAUGAUGAAGGAAUUACAGGAGAAGCAUCCCAUACAGCUCCAGUACGACGCAGAUGUCUUGCUCCACGCUUUGUGUAAACCCUGGGAAGUGGGUGGUCACGCUUACGAUUUUAAGAAAUGCCAUCGCCAAUUAAGAAUCACCGAUCCAUAUCAAACUUAUUCGACAGACCAAGUCUUGCUUCAAUGGCACGAGAGAGUAGUAGCAGAACGAGAGGCAUGGAACAGGCAAAGGCAGCUCAAAGCACACAUGCUCUUCCUUCUUUCCAAGCUCCAAGUUGCGGAGAGGCAGCGGCGUCGCACCAUAGGUUCACAAGCACUCUAUCUCUCAAUCGUCACCGAGCUGCGUUGAGGUUUUAGUCAAUUCUAUAGCGAGCCAAAUGAGAGAAGCGAAGACUUACGCAUCCCGAAGAGGAGCCUGCUGAUUUCAAAGAAUCGAGCGACAACUUAAGGCUCUUGAUCGAUACGUACUUUGCGAAGAGA